GGGCCUGGUGGUGGUGGGCGAUCAGACGGAGCUGCUGUACCAGCAGGGCUACUGGGCCAGCUACAACCUCCCGUACUACGAGGAGAUCUUCAACGCCAGCGGCACCCCGGAGCUGGUGAAGAAAUAUGGCGACUGGUUCACCUACGACAAGAAUCCCCGUGCCCAGAUCUUCCGCAGGAACCAGACGCUGGUCCACGACCUGGACUCCAUGGUCCGCCUGAUGAGAUCCAACAACUACCUGCAGGACCCGUUGUCGCGGUGUGGGGGCUGCGACCCCCCCCAGAAUGCAGAGAAUGCCAUCUCAGCCCGCUCCGACCUCAACCCCCCCAACGGCACCUACCCCUUCCCCGCCCUGCGCCAGCGCUGCCACGGCGGCACCGACAUGAAG